UAAUCGCAAACCCAAUUGAGCUGCGCUGUCACGGAAGACUCAUACCAGUCACAGACACAAGCACCAUCACCACCCAAAAGAAGCACCGCCAUCAUGAAAGACUCCGAGACAGUCGUUAAAGAAUUCAACGAGAUCGUCAACAUGACGGCUUCGGAGCUGGAGAAGUGGCUCAAGUCGGACGACUCGCGCAGUGCAGGGUGGCCCAAGGACGAGGGCGAGAAUGACGGCGAGUCCGUGGGCCACGACAGCGGGCGCAAGAUUGUCGAGAUUCUCAAGAGCAACCCCGACAAGAAGGAGGACAAGUACACCGACGAGCAGAUUCAGCACAUGCGCAAGGUUGUUUCGUACUGCAAACGACAUCUCGCGCAGGAGGAGAAGAGCAAUGACCAAAAGUCCGCCGAAGAGGUCAAGAAGACCAAGAGCUACGCCUCGCUCAAGAAUUGGGGUCACGAUCCUCUGAAGAAGAGGGGCGAGGCCGACACCAGCAGCAAGGAAGAUGAAAAGGAAGAAGCGGACGAAGAAGAGGAGGCGGCUGCAGACGAUGGCGAUGACCAAGAGGAGGAUGCUGAGAAAGAGAAUGAUCAAGAGGAGAAGCAAGCUGGCGAUAAGCGAAAGAAGAGCGCUGGUGCCCAGUCUGGUGCCAAUAAGAAGCGCGAGACACGUCAGAGCAAGGCGCCCAACGGCAGCAAGAAGGAUGAGAACGACAAUGACGAGAACGAAGAUGCGGAAGACGAUGACUACAACGAAGAAGAGGGCAAGGACGAUGGUGAUGACGGCAAAGACGAGAGCUCAGGCAAGAAGCCCAAGAAGGGCCCCAAGCCCGGCGACACGGUGAGCUGGAACUGGGGCAACGGCAACCCGGAGGGCAAAGUCCUCGAUGUAAAGGCCGAGAAGACGUCUAUCACGACGAAACGCGGAAACGAGGUGACGCGCGACGGUGAUGCGGAGGAUCCUGCUGUUGUGCUGGACACGGGUAAGUCCAAGGCGAUCAAGUCGAACCACGAGCUGAACUAGUGGAUGGGUGCGUGUUCUGUUUUGAGCGGUUCUGCACUUGAUAAAAUUGGAUCUGGCUUUCAAUAGCUCGUUGCAAGAUAAUACCAAGAGUGGUGCUGCGUGUUUUCGUCGCGGUGGAUUUUCAGUGGCAUAAGCGAGCGCACCCCUAACAGCAUUCCCGCUUUACUGCAUAGAAUACUGUUAGUGCGCUGCCCGUGUCAGCACCUGCUCCCCCAUCUGUACUCAUGUUUCUACAACGCCGGAUCGCGCAUCGCGAUUAUGCAGUCUGACAAGCCGCAA